GAGGUUACAGAAGGCAAAGGAGUUGACGUUCUCAUCGACUUUGUCGGGCAGAGUCACUGGAAUAAAAAUCUUGGAUCUCUUGCUCUGGACGGCAGGAUGGUAAUGUUGGGCCUGUUGAGCGGAUUGGACGUGGAAAAGACAUCACUAGGCCCAAUAUUGUUCAAGCGUCUCCAAGUCACUGGAUCGACGUUGCGUUCGCGAAGUCCUCAAUACCAGAUGGGACUAGUUCAACGAUUCGGCACCGAAAUUCUCCCCAAUAUCAGCUCCGAUGCAUACAGCGAUAAGGGAGAAGUUGAAGGAAAGGGCAUCCAGGUCGUAACGCACCAGGUCUACCCCUUGGCGGAGAUUGUAAAGUCUCACCAAGAUAUGGAGAACAAUGCUUCGAUCGGAAAGAUUGUAAUUACCGUCUAA